UGAUGAUUACAUAGCCGUUGGUUGCAUCCCAUCAGGACUUCAACACCCGUUACACCCUAUAUCAUGUCGAACCAGGAGCUCGUCCACGCCUACCGACAUCUUCUACGAUGGUCGUUGAGGGCCGUGCAGUUCUCCAAGCCGGCGCGCUUUGUGGUUCGAGACACACUCCGUGCAGCCUUCCGCGAUAAGAAUGGCACUUUUGAGCCCUCGAGGGUCAAGUCAACGUUGUGGUUUCUCGAGUCGGCCGCGACGUAUGUCGGGGUGGAGCACAAAAUCAUCAAAAAUCUGGUACACGUUAGGUAUAUCCAGAACAAAAGCACCGGGCCAUGGAGGAUCAGGGCGCAGACGCUUUCCAAGUCCCAGCAGAGAGCGCUCAAGGAUCCAGUGUAUGAAAAGGAGUACGAGCAUUUUGACAAGACAAUCGCCAUGUUGAACGAUACAAUGAACUUGUGUUUACGGUAAACAAGUGUCCGAAGUCCGGGCAACAGUGGCCAGGAGCGGUUCGAAGCCGGCCUCAGUGCCAGCGUUUUGUAUGGGCAUGCCCCCGGCCCUUCAAGCAGAUCCACGGACGGGAAAAAGGAGGCGAUCACAAGGGGCCAAACCGAGUCAGAUGAGUCGGCUCCAAUUGUCGUGAUUACUCCACAAAUUGGAGACACUUUUGCACACCGUCGGAUCUUUCCCCAGGUUUCUCCGCAUUGGAUUUUUUAUGAUAGUGGUGUAAAUGGUGGUUUGCGGUCUUGUCAAUGGGGUGGCCAGCCAUGUCCCACAAGUGAGGCCCAAAAGGACGCCGUCGAUGCUCACAAUGCGCUUCCGAGUAGCAACAUCUAGGCUUCGGAUGAUGGUGGACUGCGGGCUGUCAACCAAAAAAGGGAAGGUCAACAACUGGAACAUUGGGAGAACAGAUGCGCGAGGAAGGGUUGCGGCACGUAUACAACAGAUAUAAGGGUCAAAACACCCAACAACGGGAUCUCGUGUUGCAUGCGGGAAGCGGCUACAAUUAGUUCAUGCUCAACUUACCCGCCAUGCCACCUUGUGGCGCGGUUUCCGUUCUAGGCGGGUUUUACCUCGGGGCUGCUGAUGAGAGCCAAGAUGUGACUGGCCUAUCUCAGUUCUAGAAACCUUUUGAGAUUAGAUUGUAAAACCAUGGACUCCUUUACUGAAAAAGUG